AUGCGUUUAGAGUCAGGGAUUCCACACGUAGGGAACAUUGUCAAAAAACGGAACGUCGUAGUCUGAGGGUGUUCUAAGCUGUUUAAUCUUUCAGGAAUGUUCCAGCGACUUGACAAACUCCGCAAGAACGGCUUUGCCAGCGUGAUCCUGUUCGGCGGGAACAACGACAGUAGCAUUUCUGGAAUCUGGAUCUUCAGAGGACAGGACUUGGCUUUCACUGUGAGUUUCUGUUUCCCCUUGGGCUGUUUGGGGUGGAAGGUCAUUUAGUAGGCCACUCUUGUCUGUUAUUCCCCUGUGGGAUAAUAAAGUUGACUGAACUGAACAGUCUUGGAGAGACACUGGGGACCGGUUUCCCAGACAUAGAUUAAGAGUAGACCAGGACUAAAAAUGACUAAGCUUUUUAGUCCUGGACAAUAUAAUCUGUGUCUGGGAAACUGGCCCUAGGGGUAUCAGAGAGAGGUGGGAGGGCUACUGCAGUUCUGAAUUGAGAAUGUGCUCUUGGAGAACCCUGUUCUACAACCAUAUACAUUUGAGUGGAUUGGUUGAUCUUGUCAUAGUCUCACCAAGCAUUUAUAAACCCUACAGGUUCAUUCUUCUGUCCCAAUGUUGGUGAUAUUAGUUCAGUGAUUUAUAUGCUUGCGUUUAGUUGACCACCUAUAAUCUCUCCCUCUGUGUAGCUGUCUGAUGACUGGCAGAUUGAUUACGAGUCUUACGCCUGGCGCAAACUGGACCCCGACAGCGCCGAAACCAAGACCAUGGUCAAGGAGUACUUUGCUUGGGAAGGAGAGUUCAAACACGUGGGUAAACCCUUUAACCAGGGCAAGUGCUUCAAGUGAGCAGCGUUGGAGGAUGAUGGCACCAUGACCGGAUACGUCCUCCACUGUACGUCAACACCUUUAACCUGAGGACAUUCAACACCUUAAAACUGCACUUGGACCUUCUCAAACGGAUCUUCAGUUGGUGUGGAUUGUGUCUCAAUGGUCCAACAGAAGUGGUUGUUUUUGAGUUGACAAAUAAACAUGUUUUCCAUAAUGCCAUUUUUGCGAUUUGUUUUUGGUGAUAGAAUUCCCCCAAAAGGGAAUGGUAGAUUACUUUACUGUUUUUGUUGUUUUGUGGCCUUGAGUUGUAUCCCCUCACCUCGCUACCCCGUUUUAGCCUGAAUCUCGUUCUAGUGCCAGUCUGUUAGUGCCAUUAUACCGACUCCCUUGUCGGUCAUUGUCAUGUUCGGCUUGACAAUGAGCAAUGGAUUUGGCAAGAGCACAAACAGAUCUGGGACCAGGCUAUUUCGGUUAAAACACUCAUGUCAUUUUAUUGUUUUGGUGUAUCAAUCAUGGAGCUGAAAUCUGGACAUGGGGUAAAAAAGGGUUUAAUUGCUACCCAUGAAAUAAUUGGUUGCGUACAUUAUAGCCUUAAUGUGGUGAAAAAUAAAUACAUGUAAAAUCUACAGUC